UGAAUACGUGGAUCCUAGUGCCACUCAUCUUCCAUAGACUGCUCCCAAAUUUCAUUUUGCACCUUCUUGCUCCCAAAUCCAGAGUUAACUCUAUUAUCCUACCAUGGCUGCUCUCACAAUUCCUCCGGCCACUUCUCAGUGCUGUUCUAGCAAGAACGGAGUCUUCUCACCGACCAAAGGACUAAUGGCGAAAUCGACCAGAUUUGAAACGGUGGUAACUGAAAAGGGGAUGAAGGUGACAUGUCAGGCUGCAGCAAGCAUUGGCGCCGACGGUGUUUUUGUUAUGGAGAGGAGGAAGCUUAUGAGCUUGUUGCUAUUCGGCGCCAUUGGUCUACCCGCCGCCGGCAUGUUAGCACCUUAUACUGCACGACCUAGUUCAGGGAGUUGGGAAGGUGGUAUUAGCGCUAGGGACGAGAUUGGAAACAAUAUUAUUGCAUCAGAAUGGCUAAACACCCAUGCACCUGGUGACAAAACCCUUACUCAAGGCUUAAAGGGAGAUCCAACAUACCUUAUUGUGGAGAGCAACAAAAAGUAUAGCAACAUACGGGAUAAAUGCAGUCCUGCUCCUAUGUCUUUGGAACUGGCUCGUGUAGAAAUAGAUGAUGACAAAGUGGUGUUUGUUCAGUGGAUAGAAACAGAUUUUAGAACAGGUGAUGCUCCAUGGUGGUCAUAAAAAGUAAAUUAAAGGUGUAUUAGUUGUAAAUUAUUUUAUUUGUUGAAAUUUUAAUUGUAUAAUUAUUUUUAAGAUCUUAGAUAUUAAUUAAAAAAUAAAACACUAG